GCGCAAUAGCCGCGGUGGCCGCGGUGUUGUUUUGGAACGAGCGCCUGCUGACGGUCGGCGAAUCUGCAAACAAACACUAUGGAUAUCUCGAGCAUGCUCGAGGUACAGGUGAAGGAGGAGGCGGAUGUUAAGGAGAACGUGACACCAGGGAGGGACCAGACAUCCAGCACGACCAGUACAGAUGCCAGAUCGAUCUCUCAGGAAGAGAGCAAUUUCUACAAGCUUAUGUUUGGCAAUGAUAUUGCAUCUGUACGAUUUCGUAGACUUCAUUGUACAGCUUGUGAUAUGCAUAUUGGUUCUGCUCCAGCUCAGAUUGAUAACAUGUCUGAACAUCCUGUGCUUCGCACAUUGUUAUGCGCAAAUUGUCGUGAAUUUUAUGGGGAUGGUACUUUUGAGCAGGGUGAUGACGCUACAGACAUGUUUUGUAGAUGGUGCGCAAAUGGUGGCAAUUUAUAUUGCUGCUCAUACUGCAGCAAUACAUUCUGUUAUAAAUGUAUAAAAAGAAAUUUUACAUCCUUGGUAAGAAAGAAAAUUGAAGCAGACGAAAAAUGGAAAUGUUUUGUAUGCAAUCCGAGCGAUUUGUAUAGCGCGAGGGCUGUAUGCUGGGCUCUACUUGAACAUGUACAGACAAUGACAAGGAUACUAAAAAAUGACAAGAAAUUAAGCGCCGCAGAGAUCGAAAGAAAGAUGAAUUUGGAUGAAUCACCGUGUUGUCCGCGCAGGAGAAGACGUAAGCGUCGAAGACUAGAAUCCAAUUCCGAAGAGGAAGACGAGGCAUAUGUACUUGAACAUGAUACUAAUGGAUUACCGGUACACACUAUACAACGUAAACAAUUAAAGAACAUCAAAUUGCCCGUUAGAAUCAAUCCAAACGGCAAAAUCAAACCAAUCAUUACGAAAAUACAGUCUAUGCCGAUCCCCAUUAGACCUCGUCCAUCUUCGUUCUUAACCGGCCCAUCGCAGUCUAUGACGAAUUGCGAAAGCUCAAUCAGUUCAUCAGAGGGUAUCGUCCUUCCGUCGCCUAGCGUGAUAAAUUCGAAUACUUCAUUACCAUCGAGAUACGAUUCUAAUGUACUGCAACAGCCUUCUUUGUACCAUACGACUUUUAUGAACAGCGCAGGAUCCAACACUUAUAUACGAACAUCCGCUACAGUGAACUCUCGGAAUCGGAAGAUUCUUCCGGCAUUACCGCUGCCGCCGCCGCCGAUGCAGUCGUCAACCUCGUAUCAGACACCUCCGCCGCCAAUACAAUCGCCAACUUCGUAUCAGGCGCCGCCACCGCCAAUACAAUCAUCAACUUCGUAUCAGCAGCCGCAGUCGCUUCAAUCUCCACAAAAUACAAUGGUGUCUAUACCCAAUCCAACAGACAAGCGUGGUAGAUCACUCUUUCUUCUUCCAAAGCCAAGAAAAGUGGAUUUAACGUUGACUCCAAACAUAAUUGAUCUCGACAGCGAUUCCGACGACGAGCCAAAGGUCGUUGAACAGCAAAAUAAUUCGACGAUCAAUGGGGAUGAUGACAUAGACGUUGUAGAUAUUUCCUUUAACAAGGUGGUACCUGUUGCUCUUACUUGGGAGAAUAGCGAUGAUGAUGGCAUAAGGGAGGAGCAGCCUUUGCGAGAGAUGUGCACGACUUUGACAAGGAAUGUCACUUCCUUCAGUGAGACGAUGUUGCCGCACAGUCAAGAACUCGAUAAACUUUUAAGUGACAUGAAGGAAAAAGUGUAUUGUUUCUUCGAUCUAAAUAACGCGAUCCAAGACGUUGAAUUGGCAGCGCAACAGAGGAUUAAAAAGUUCUGUUGGAAUAUGCGCGGCACAGUCCUCCAGUUGGCGGAUAUCAACGAUAGGAUAGUGCGCGAAUAUAACGGAUGGAGGAGAUCUCGAAAGACGGAAACGCAAACGUCAUCUUCGAUCGACGAAAACGAAUUAACAUCCCAAGAAAAUGUAGAAAUUCCUUUAGAUAUGACUUGUGUUAACGAUUCUGACACCGAAUCCGGUUGCGAAGGAUCGGAAUAUCGAAUUAAGAAACCAUCCAAUCUUAUUAAGAGUUGCAAUAUUGUUGAAAACUUAUUAUUUUCUAAAAAAACAGUUAUACAUCGUGGCACCGGUGAUCAUAAUAUCCAUUUGUUUGCGGACAAAGCGACUCAGGUGUACGACAUCCCUAGGGAUUAUGAGAAAUGUAUUUCUUAUUCUAUGUUGACAAAAUCUAAUGACGAUUCAAAAACAGACAAUAAUGUCUUGAAACAAAUGCCAACAGCACCAGACAAAAACUUUGGCAAAUAUGAGGAACAGUUUAUUUUUUAUUUGCAACAUAUCGAGGAUCAUGGCAUUCAAAUAGAGGAAAGUUUGGCAGACUCAGAUGAAAUACCGUUUCAAGAGUUGAUAGAAACAAAUUCACCAUUUAUUUCGCAUUUACUUCAAAAUACCGAUUCACCUGAUAUCAUAUCUACUGAUGAAUCGAAAAUCUGUGAACAAGAAAAAAGUGAGAAAAGUGAUUUGAGUGAUCAUAUUAUAGCAAUGAACGACAUAACUGAUACAUUGAAAAGCACAAUUGGUAAUGAUGACCAAAAAAUUCUUAAUGAAACAGAUUCUGAUAUUAGGAUACAAGAAACAAAAAAUAUCAGAAUACAAGGAAUGAUAUUACUCGAUGAGAAAUUACAAAAAACUCACGAUAAUACAACAGAUGGAGAAACGACAUCAAUAAUAUCAAAUAAUAAAGAUGCAAAAUCGAGUAUAAUUGUUAGUAAUACGGUAAAUAUGGAAGCAUCUACUUCAAAGGGAAAUGACGAUUAUACUAUUAUCGAUAAUUAAUGAGAGGUAUUAUUUAUCAAUGUGCAGUUUUACAUCAAACUCUAAUGAUUGAAAUUAAUUUGCAAUUCAUGAAACCGCGUUUUUUCAUUUCCAUUUUUUUCAUUUUUUAAACAAAUUUUGAUGUGUCAGAAAUACUUUAUGUUGUAUAAAAGUUGUAUAUAAUAUUUUAUUCUUAAAUUGUAGAGAUAUCUGACGUAGGAAUAACAUCACAUAAAUAAAGAGCUUGUUUCCAAAAGAAAUUAAGCCUAUUUCGUAUUUUUUUUAAGGAUGUAUUCUCCUGGAUAUGUUAAGUAUUAUAGAUGAACAAUAAACUUUUUACAAAGAGUUAACUUUUUGGCAUAUGCUUUAGGAAAUAAGCUCUCUAUAAAUUACCAAUACAAUAUUAUUCUUGCAGUUGUAUAACUGAUUGCUUAUUUGAUGUAUAUAUUAUCGUUACUUUUACCAAUUUUCUCUAUUUGUCUCGAAUCCUUGUAGGAAAUAAUAAUAAUAAUAAUAAACCUUGAUCACAAUCGCAAUUUCCAUUAUUGAACAAAGAGAUAUAUUUACAAUAAUUUAAUAUUAUCUCGAAAAAGAAGUUCUAAGAUAUUGAACUUGUAGCGGAAGAGUUGAAACAUUGAAGAAAUUAAAUAUAGUAUAUGUUAUAUUGACAUCCUUUGAUAUCUGAAUUCUUCAAUAUUUUUAAAAAAGGUAGUUCUGUUAAUGAAAUCUUAAAUUAAAUGUGAGACGCCUUUUUUAUGCUACAGACUGAUUGAAAAUUUAUUUCGCGUAUUACUAUUCUGAUAAUAAUUAAUGAUAUAAUUUUAUAUUCUUAUUACGAAUCAAAUGCUGAAUUUUUUGUAUACAUUUUGUAUACAUUUUUUUCGAUACAUAGAAGAGAAUUUAUUCUUGUUUCAAUUUAUAUAGUCUACAGAUGGCACAAAGUCUGAAAUAAUGCAUAAAAUAUAAUUAUAUUUAUUGGAAAGAAAAGACAAUUUUUUAUUCUUGUUUGUUUUUAUCAUUAAAAUAGCAAAAUAUGUGCGCAUUUUAAUUUACAUAUUUUUAAAAUAUGUAAUUUGCAUUACAGUGUGAUUAUAUGUAAUUUACAUACAUUUGUACACGUAAGAACCUGUUGUUCUGUAUAAAGAACAUAUAAGUAAGAUACGCUUUUGGGGGGGUGAGGGGGUUGAUUAUUAUUAUAUUAUUGCCUGAUAUGCGCAGCGAAUCGUUGAACGAUGCAUCUGUACGCGAAUAUGUAUGUAUUAUAUCUAUUCAUAGAUACUUGCGUGUAUUUGUGAGCCAUGCGUACAUAUAUGUACGCAAAUUUUGAGAGAA